AUCUUAUCGCCUUCGGGGCAGCCCUCUGACAUUUCAUAAGAAAAACGCAUCGCACGCAAUGUCCGACGUCGACUCUGAGCUUGACGCAAAGGAAGAAGGGCCCACCAUCGGAGUGUACGAAGGCGAGCGCAACGAGCAGACUGAGCGACACGGAAAGGGCAAGAACCAGUUUCCAAAUGGCGAUAUCUACGAAGGGCUGUAUGGCAACGGCAAGCGCAACGGAUACGGCACGUAUCGAUGGAAGUCUGGAACGCGUUACGUCGGCGAAUACCAAGAUAAUAUGCGCGAGGGCAACGGAUUCUUCAUCUAUCCGGACGGAAGCAAAUACAAAGGCGAAUUCCAGCAGAACAAACGACAGGGACAGGGCACAUAUCUCUAUGCGAACAACGAUGUGUACCAGGGCGGCUGGGAGAACGAUAAAAAACACGGCUUUGGCACCUACAUCUACGCAUCGACGGGGAGCAAGAAAAAGGGAACGUGGGUCAACGGGGAGUUCCAUGGAAAGGGAGAAAUCAUCCACCACGACCACAAAAUCAUCGGCAAUUUCACCCACGGGAUUGCUGACCUUCCGGCCAAGAUCAUGUUCAUGAACAAUCCCUACUACAUCAAAGAAGUCAAGGAACACAAGCUUCUGAACCAAGAGCCUCUGCCGCCAGCCGGGGAAGUGCCUUCUUCGGCCCAGUAGCGCCCGCGUCCCCGAUCAGUGAUGAGCAUGAGGCAUCCGUGUGUUUGGUGAAUACAAGUCUCUGG